GAUGCAGCAUCUCUUGGAUCUCAGAAGGGUGGAAUAACAAAACAAGGAUGGCUCUACAAAGGCAACAUGAAUAGUGCAAUCAGUGUGACAAUGAGAUCAUUUAAAAGAAGAUUUUUCCACUUAAUCCAACUUGGUGAUGGAUCCUAUAAUCUCAAUUUCUACAAAGAUGAAAAAAUAUCGAAAGAACCUAAAGGAUCAAUAUUUCUAGAUUCAUGCAUGGGAGUGGUUCAGAACAAUAAAGUCAGACGUUUUGCAUUUGAGCUUAAGAUGCAAGACAAGAGUAGUUACCUUUUAGCUGCAGACAGUGAACUUGAAAUGGAAGAAUGGAUAAACACUCUGAACAAAAUCCUUCAGCUUAACUUUGAGGCUGCAAUGCAAGAAAAAAGAAAUGGGGAGUCUCAUGAAGAUGAUGAAGUAAGCAAAAUGGACAGCUCAUCAAGUAGUUUUGAUAACUACUAUCCUGAAAUUGCCAAGAGUACGAGAGAAGCAGAAAUCAAGUUGAAAAGUGAAAGCAGAGUUAAACUUUUUGCCUUGGAUCCGGAUGCACAGAAACUUGACUUUUCUGGUAUUGAACCAGAAGUGAAGCCAUUUGAAGAGAAAUUUGGAAAAAGAAUUCUUGUGAAGUGUAAUGAUUUAUCUUUUAAUUUGCAAAGCUGUGUUGCAGAAAAUGAAGAAGGACCAACAACAAAUGUAGAACCUUUCUUUGUCACAUUAUCACUAUUUGAUAUCAAAAACAACCGGAAGAUUUCAGCUGACUUCCAUGUUGAUUUGAACCAUCCUUCAGUAAGGCAUAUGAUACCCAAUGCAUCUCAACAAAUGACGAAUGGCAGUGGUGAUGGCUUACACAGAAUUCAAGAUGUUUAUGAAACUGUGUUACAAUAUCCAAAGCAGGGAAUAUUCUCAGUCACGUGUCCUCAUACUGACAUUUUCCUUGUGGCUAGAAUAGAAAAAGUACUACAGGGAAGUAUUACGCAUUGUGCUGAACCAUAUAUGAAAAGUUCAGAUUCUUCAAAGGCUGCACAGAAAGUCUUAAAGAAUGCUAAGCAGGCAUGCCAGAGAUUAGGUCAAUAUAGAAUGCCUUUUGCCUGGGCAGCUAGGACGCUGUUUAAAGAUGCCUCAGGAACCCUGGACAAAAAUGCAAGGUUUUCUCCUCUCUUCAGGCAAGACAGUAAUAAACUUUCAAAUGAAGACAUGCUGAAAUUGUUAGCAGAUUUCAGGAAACCCGAAAAAAUGGCCAAACUUCCUGUUAUUUUAGGAAAUCUAGAUGUUACAAUUGAUAAUGUGUCACCAGAUUUUCCGAAUUAUGUUAACUCAUCAUACAUUCCCAUGAAACAGUUUGAAAACAGCACCAAGACACUAAUAACAUUUGAAAUAGAGGAAUUUGUUCCCUGUAUACCGAAACACACUCAGCCUUUCACCAUCUACAACAAUCAUCUUUAUGUUUAUCCAAAGCACUUGAAAUAUGACAGUCAAAAGUCUUUUGCAAAGGCUAGAAAUAUUGCAGUAUGCAUUGAGUUCAAAGAUUCUGAUGAAGAGGAGUCUUUGCCUUUAAAGUGUAUCUAUGGUAGGCCAGGUGGACCGGUAUUUACUAGAAGUGCAUUUGCUGCUGUUCUGCAUCACCAUCAAAAUCCAGAGUUUUAUGACGAGAUUAAAAUUGAAUUGCCCACUCAGUUACAUGAAAAGCACCAUUUGUUGUUCACCUUCUAUCAUGUCAGCUGUGAUAGUUCAAGCAAAGGGAGUACAAAGAAGAAAGAUGUCGUUGAAACACAAGUUGGGUAUUCUUGGCUUCCUCUAAUAAAAGAUGGAAGAGUGGUGACCAAUGAGCAGCACAUCCCAGUGUCAGCAAAUCUUCCCUCAGGCUACCUUAGUUAUCAAGAAGUGGGGGUUGGAAAGCAUUCUGGUCCUGAAAUUAAAUGGGUAGAUGGAGGCAAACAAUUGUUAAAAAUAUCCACUCAUCUGGUGUCAACUGUGUAUACACAGGAUCAGCACUUGCAUAAUUUUUUUCAGUACUGUCAGAAAACAGAGUCUGGAGCUCGUGCACUAGGAACUGAUCUUGUAAAGUAUCUUAAGAGCCUUCAUGCUAUGGAAGGCCAUGUGAUGAUAGCUUUCCUGCCAACUGUUUUAAACCAGUUGUUUAGAGUUCUCACUAGAGCAACUCAAGAGGAAGUUGCAGUCAAUGUGACAAGGGUUAUUAUCCAUAUCGUUGCUCAGUGUCAUGAAGAAGGCUUGGAUAGCUAUUUGAGAUCUUAUGUCAAGUAUGCUUAUAAAGCUGAACCCUAUGUUGCUUCUGAAUAUAAGACAGUACAUGAAGAACUGACAAAGUCCAUGACAACAAUUUUAAAGCCAUCCGCUGACUUUCUUACAAGCAACAAGCUACUUAAGUACUCAUGGUUUUUCUUUGAAGUUCUGAUAAAAUCGAUGGCUCAGCAUUUGAUAGAAAACUCUAAAGUGAAGCUGUUGCGAAACCAGAGAUUUUCUGCUUCCUUUCAUCACGCAGUUGAAACAGUUGUUAAUAUGCUAAUGCCACACAUCACUCAGAAGUACAGAGACAAUCCAGAGGCUUCAAAAAAUGCAAACCAUAGCCUUGCUGCCUUUAUAAAAAGGUGUUUUACUUUUAUGGAUAGAGGCUUUGUUUUCAAGCAAAUCAAUAACUACAUCAGCUGCUUUGCCCCAGGAGAUCCAAAGACUCUUUUUGAAUUCAAAUUUGAAUUCCUCCGUGUAGUCUGUAAUCAUGAGCACUACAUACCUUUGAAUCUACCAAUGCCAUUUGGAAAAGGCAGAGUUCAGAGAUACCAAGACCUUCACCUGGACUAUUCAUUAACUGAUGAGUUCUGUAAAAAUCACUUCUUAGUGGGACUGCUUCUAAGGGAGGUGGGCAAUGCAUUACAAGAGUUUAGAGACGUGCGGCAGAUUGCCAUUAGUGUGCUCAAGAAUUUGAUGAUAAAGCAUUCUUUUGAUGAUAGAUAUACUUCCAGGAACCAUCAAGCAAGAAUAGCAACUAUGUAUUUGCCACUCUUUGGACUACUCAUAGAAAAUGUUCAGCGAAUCAAUGUUAAAGAUGUGUCUCCGUUUCCUGUUAACCCUUCCAGCAAUAGUGCAAAGGAUGAUGCACUUAAUUUGCCAACUGCAAGUCAGCUAGUAACACCACAAAAAUCAGGAAACACAUUGGAUAACAAUCUUCCUAAAGAUCUAUUUGGUGUUAUCUCUGGCAUUGCUUCCCCAUACACCACAUCAACUCCCAAUGUUAAUAGCGUGAGGAAUGCUGACUCAAGAGGCUCUCUUAUAAGUACAGACUCGGGAAACAGUCUCCCAGAAAGACACAGUGAGAAAAGCAAUUCUCUUGACAAGAACCAACAGAGCAGCACUUCAGGAAGUUCAGUUGUUCGAUAUGACAAACUUGACCAAGCAGAGAUCAAAAGUCUGCUCAUGUGUUUCCUUCAUAUUUUAAGAAGUAUGUCAGAAGAUGCACUGUUUACAUAUUGGAACAAGGCCACAAAAGCUGAACUCAUGGACUUUUUCACGAUCACAGAAGUAUGCUUACAUCAGUUCCAGUACAUGGGAAAACGAUACAUAGCCAGGAACCAGGAGGGGUUGGGAUCCAUAGUUCAUGAUCGAAAAUCUCAGACAUUGCCUGUUUCCCGUAACAGAACAGGAAUGAUGCAUGCCAGAUUGCAGCAGCUGAGCAGCCUGGAUAACUCUCUCACUUUUAACCACAGCUAUGGUCAUUCAGAUGCAGACGUUCUUCACCAGUCUUUACUUGAAGCAAAUAUUGCUACUGAAGUUUGCCUUACAAUUCUGGAUACUCUGUCAUUAUUCACAAUGGCUUUUAAGAAUCAGCUACUCACUGAUCACGGGCACAAUCCACUGAUGAAGAAAGUAUUUGAUGUAUACCUCUGCUUCCUUCAAAAGAAUCAGUCUGAAACAGCAUUGAAAAAUGUCUUCAUUGCUUUAAGGGCACUUAUUUAUAAGUUUCCUUCUACGUUUUAUGAAGGUAGAGCUGAUAUGUGUUCUGCACUGUGCUAUGAAAUUCUGAAGUAUUGUAAUUCCAAACUGAGUUCAAUUCGUACUGAAGCUUCACAGUUACUGUACUUCUUAAUGAGAACUAAUUUUGAUUACACAGGGAAGAAGUCUUUUGUUAGGACUCAUCUGCAGGUUAUUAUUUCAGUAAGCCAGUUAAUUGCUGAUGUUGUUGGAAUUGGAGGAACUAGAUUUCAGCAGUCUCUUUCCAUCAUCAAUAAUUGUGCCAAUAAUGACAGAAUUAUAAAGCACACUACGUUCCCUUCUGAUGUUAAGGAUUUAACAAAACGGAUUCGUACAGUACUGAUGGCUACAGCUCAGAUGAAGGAGCAUGAGAAUGAUCCGGAAAUGCUUGUAGACCUCCAGUACAGUUUGGCAAAGUCUUAUGCUAGUACACCUGAACUAAGGAAGACAUGGUUAGACAGUAUGGCAAGGAUCCAUGUUAAAAAUGGAGAUCUUUCAGAGGCGGCAAUGUGCUAUGUCCAUGUAGCAGCACUGGUUGCAGAAUAUCUCACACGAAAAGGGAUGUUCAGGCAAGGUUGUACUGCUUUCAGAGUAAUAACACCUAAUAUAGAUGAAGAGGCUUCAAUGAUGGAGGAUGUUGGAAUGCAAGAUGUUCACUUCAAUGAAGAUGUGCUGAUGGAAUUGUUGGAGCAGUGUGCUGAUGGGCUCUGGAAGGCAGAACGCUAUGAACUCAUUGCUGACAUAUAUAAACUUAUAAUUCCCAUUUAUGAAAAGCGGAGAGAUUUUGAGAGGCUUGCUCAUUUAUAUGACACUCUUCAUCGGGCAUACAGUAAAGUAACAGAAGUUAUGCAUACAGGCAAGAGACUGCUGGGAACUUAUUUCAGGGUAGCUUUCUUUGGACAGGCAGCGCAAUACCAGUUUACAGACAGUGAAACAGAUGUUGAGGGAUUCUUUGAGGAUGAAGAUGGAAAAGAAUAUAUCUAUAAAGAACCUAAACUCACACCUCUUUCAGAAAUUUCCCAAAGACUCCAAAAACUCUACUCUGACAAAUUUGGGUCUGAAAAUGUCAAAAUGAUUCAGGAUUCUGGCAAAGUAAAUCCUAAGGAUUUAGAUUCAAAAUAUGCAUAUAUACAAGUUACGCAUGUAAUUCCAUACUUUGAAGAAAAAGAGUUGCAAGAAAGAAAAACAGAUUUUGAAAGAACUCAUAACAUUCGUCGCUUUAUGUUUGAGAUGCCUUUUACUCAAGCUGGUAAAAGACAAGGAGGAGUAGAGGAACAGUGUAAGCGGCGGACUAUUUUGACAGCUAUACAUUGUUUCCCAUAUGUGAAAAAGCGCAUUCCAGUAAUGUACCAGCACCACACAGAUUUAAACCCAAUUGAAGUAGCCAUUGAUGAAAUGAGUAAAAAAGUUGCCGAACUGAGGCAGCUUUGCUCUUCAGCUGAAGUAGAUAUGAUUAAAUUGCAGCUGAAGCUACAAGGAAGCGUCAGUGUUCAGGUUAAUGCUGGUCCAUUAGCAUAUGCAAGAGCUUUCUUAGAUGACACAAACACUAAAAGAUAUCCAGACAAUAAAGUAAAGCUACUAAAGGAAGUUUUUAGGCAAUUUGUUGAAGCUUGUGGGCAAGCGCUGGGUGUAAAUGAACGACUUAUAAAGGAAGAUCAGUUGGAAUAUCAAGAAGAAAUGAAAGCCAACUACAGAGAAAUGGCAAAAGAACUUUCUGAAAUAAUGCAUGAACAAAUCACUGCAGUUGAAGAAAAGGCCAGUGUUAUUCCUAAUUCGCUGCACAUUUUCAACGCCAUAAGUGGAACUCCGACAAGCACAACAGUUCAUGGGAUGCCCAGUUCUUCUUCAGUUGCAUGAUUGUUUUGUAAAGGAAAGUAUGUUCGUUUUUUUUAAAGUAUGUGGAUUUGCUUUAUUGUGUGCAAACUCAGGAUGAUUUUGAAGCUAAAUGUUGGGCACGUGCAAGCUGCAUCAUUUAUACGAAUGUCUG